AUGGUCUUCCACAUCACCCUACCGCAUCCGCUCCCUCCUAUAAUCAAUAAUGUUUGGGAAGCCUCGGAUGUCCUUGUCCCUGGACAAAUCGAGUUCUCCUCUGGUUUAGACAGCACCGUUACCUCACUCACCCUCUCUCUCGUCCAAACAGUAAAGUUCGAAACACAUCAGCCCGAGCCCUCCACCAGCUUCACAUGUUUCGGGUUCAGCAAAGCAAAAGAACCCCACGCCGAAGAAAGACGAGAAAUCGACCGCUGGUCCCUUCCAUACCCCCCAACAUCCACACUCUCAUCGACUCUCAAAGGAAUCCCCUUCACCAUAGUCAUACCGGGCCAUCUUCCCGCCACCACCUCGACGCCAACCGUCGACCUCUCCUACCACAUCUCCGCCACCGUCACCACCAGCACCGCCACCUCCACCACCUCAAACACCACCGCCUCAAAACCGCUCCACAUCCGCCGCCUCCUCGCCCUCCCAGUCGGCCUCACCACCCUCGACCACCGCCGCCGCUUCCCCGCCUGCGCCGUCAAAACCUCUCUCUCCAUCCCCGCCAUCUUCCAGCCCCUCGACACCACCCGCACCGCGCGCCUGACCCUCCUCAACACCGCCGAACACUGGCUCCGCGUGCACAAACUCCACUGGCGGGUGGAAGAGCACACCAGGAUCCCACAUCCACACACCGACCUCGAAGGGUACAACAGCGACGACAGCUCAUCCGGGAAGCGGCGGCAACGGCAGCAGCGCGAACGCCGCACAAUCAGCCGCGCCGGGCCGCACGUUCGCACCAUCGCGUCGGGCGAGCACCACGUGGCGCCCGCGAGCGCCAUGGGCGCGCUCUACGGCGCCCACGUGUCGGAGCUGCGGCUCGACGAGAUCGAGUUCGACGUCGGCGUCCCGGAGGAGGCGCGGCGGGCGUGCUCGUUGAUGGUGCAGCGGCGGCAGCCCGGGCGCGGGAGCGGGCGCGGGCGGGACGGCGACGGCGACGACGACGACGACGACGUGCUGUUGAUGGCGGGGGAGGAGGAGGAGGAGGAGCGGCAGCGGCAGCAGCCGCCGGAAUAUGCGUGGUGUAGCCGGUUUGGGGAGGGGCUUGUUGGGCCGCAUGGGGAUGGGGAUGAGGAUGAGGAUGAGGGCGAGGAGGAUGACUGCGGUGGUGGGAUGCGAGCGGUGACGGGGGGUUCGGUUGCAGCGGGGAUAUCGGUUUCGCAUACGUUGGUGCUGGAGAUUACGGGGAAGGAGAUUCGGUUUGACGGCGUGACUGGCGAGCUGCUCAGCUUGGGGCCGAUAUUUCCGAAGGUGUAUGGUGCGAGGUACGACAUCGUGGUGGCGGAGUGGAGCCACUGUAAUGAUGUUGAUAGUGGGGAGGUUGGGGUAUGCCCGCUGCUGGACGGAGACUUUAGUGCUACCAGCGUAGUUGCGCCCCCUUCAUAUGAGUCGGUUAUCGGGAUUUGA